AAAGGCACCGCUCACGAGUUAAAACUUAAAACCGAGGAGAUUUUUUUUAGGUGCAGUUGGAAGCGUUGUUCUUCAAUACUCCACGAACCUUCAACUUCGAGGGUUUCCUUCAAAACCCUAAAAUUUCCGAGUAAUUUCCACAACUACUCUUUCGUUAGUAUCCUAAAAUUCAACUUCGAGAAGAUUUGUUUCUCUGUUCUAUUGAUUAAUUGAUUUUGCAAUUGUUGGCAUUUGGAUUUCGAUAGCUUGGGAUUGAGCGAGAUUGAGAGUGAGUGAUGGCUGCAAAGGAAGAGAAUCGAAUAUUUGUGGGAGGGUUGUCCUGGGACGUUACGGAGCGUCAGCUCGAGCAUGCCUUUGGCCGUUACGGCAAAAUUCUUGAAUGCCAGAUAUAGAUAGGACCAUUUCAGUGGCUGUGAUUGUGUGGUGCUCAGUAGAUCAGUUAAAGUGUUAAGUGAGUUGAAGAAGUUUUGCAUGUUUGCUUUAGUUGCACAAUCCAAUUUUGCUGCACCUUUGGCAGUUUUUGAUAGUUUUCUCCGAGCAAUGUAAAGGUCAGUUGUUUGGACUUUGGACAUUGUUUUGUGUCUGGUCGAUGUCAUGGCCAUUGUAACAUGUACUUGUAAGAAUCCAAACUGCGUGAGUAAGAUACGACUCUAUGCUUCCAACACCAAGUUCUGCAUCAUUACAGAUCCUGUGAGUACUUCAGUGCUGCAGAGCUCAAAAAUUUUCAAGUCUUAAGCAUUAGCUUCAUAGACAAUUGCUGCUCUGCUCAGAUAGUGGGUUCCUGUCUUCAUGAUGAGAUACUGUAUCUCUCACCAAUUGAUCUGUCUAUUAUAGCUAACAGUAUUGAAGGUUGAAUGAAUGCCUUUAAUUUAGUCAUUGUUUUCCACAUUGGUAUAGAGUUUAUUGGUUGGAGAGGUUUUCUUUGGUUUUGAACGGUUCUGCUUUUGUCAGUGUACUCUUAGAUAAAGAAUUCAUAUCUUCAUAAGAAUGACUUUCUACUAAAAUGCUGGUGUGUUGGAUGAGUCAGUUAAGAGGCAGCAAAAUUACCUAGGGUGAUAGGCAUAUAAUUGCAGUGUAGUCAAUAUUGUGCAUUCGACUCCCAUGUUGCUCGGUAUUAUUCCUGCAUAAAAUUGAUUAUUUUUGCAUCCGGUGAGGGGAAUAAAGCACAGAAGGUAGCUGAAUUGCUUAUGAAGUGAAAGCAUGAUCUCCAUAAGGAAUACUGUCAAUAACAUGCCUAUGUCUUGCAUGGUGUCUUUCAGAAUUAUGGAAAUUAUUUGCUGCCAGAGUUUUGUUUUGAGGACAUAUCCAAUGUGAUACUCAUGGUAGAAUUGGAGUUGCAACAAAAUGAUCUGGUCACUGCUGAAGUGAAAGCAACAGUUGGAUUUUCAUGAUAUACCAUUCAUUUGUGGCUACAUAUUGUUAUGUUAGUUCUUCUGGGUCUGAAAAUAAUGCCCAAUAUAAUACAGUGCUUUUUUUUAAUAAGUGAGAUGCUAAGAUUAUGUUUGGAGGAUUAGAUUGUUUAAAAGGUCAAUCAGGAAGUCCUGAACCAGUAUGGAACAUGCUGAAAUUCAAGCUCAGAUUGUGGAAGUAAUUGUUGUGAGAGAUAUUUGUUGUCUAAUAUUGGCUUGGGAUUCCUCUGAAUGGCUUAGCUAUAUGAAAACCAUUCUGGUGAUUUAUCAUUGUAACAGAGAAGUAAGUCAUCUGGUUAUAAGUUUGCUUUUUAGUAAAAUAUUGUUUGCAUCUAGUAAAUAAAAUACAAAAACUAAUAUGCAAUGCACGACUUCUGUAAAUUAUAUGUUUCCAUUUUUGUAUAUAUAAUACUUUGCUCUAUGCUGAAUGCCCAUUUCAAAUUUUUUGAGUUUGUUUAUUUAAUCAUCAUUUUAUUAAUCACCGCAAUUUGGAGUGUGGGUGACAGGUUGUUUACACCUUUGUAGAAACUCAAUAUUAAAAAGGAUGUAUAGCAGGCAACGUUAAAAAUGGAUGAUGCCCUUGAAUGUUUAUUAGAAAUUGGUUGAUCAGUAUUGCAGUCAACUUGUUUCCAGCUUUUGUAAUAGAAAUCUUAUAAAUUGAUACUAUUGGAUUGUUUACAAGCAAUCAUUAGCUACAACAGUUUCUUUCAGGCCUCCAAUUAGGGUAAGCAAUUUGGAUACAGGGCCAUUUUUGUUUGACCUAGCUUGUUUUUCCUUUGUAUCCUCCUCUUGUUUGUAUGAUGUGGUUCUAUUUUACUGGUUUUCUAGAUAAUUAUAAUGAGAGUAGCUUCUUAUGUGCUGUACUUUCUUCUACUAACUCCAGUAAUAUAGGUUUUCUUAUUUUACUUGUACUGGAUUAGCUAACUGUCCAUUCCUACUAAAUAUGUUUUGUAUGUUGUGCUCAACUAAUAUCUUUUCUUGCAAGUCUUACAAUAAUGGUUAUGCAGUGGUCAUCCGCAUCAGGAAAGCAUGUGUUUGUCCUCAUAAAUACCAUUAAAUAUAUUGUUAGCAUUAGUUGUGUGAAUUGCUGUUACUCAGCAUGAGGUUCUCAAGUGGUUCUUCCUGUAGAUCAUGAUGGAAAGAGAUACAGGCCGUCCACGUGGAUUUGGGUUUAUUACAUUUGCAGACCGUAGGGGAAUGGAGGACGCAAUCAAGGAAAUGCAUGGGCGGGAAAUUGGGGAUCGCAUCAUCUCAGUUAAUAAGGCACAGCCCAAGAUGGGGGGUGAUGAUUUAGACCAAGGUUACAGAGGUGGCUACUCAUCAGGUGGUAGGGGAAGCUAUGGUGCUGGAGAUAGGAUAGGGCAGGAUGACUGCUUCAAAUGUGGGCGUCCAGGGCAUUGGGCCCGAGAUUGUCCUUUGGCAGGUGGUGGUGGUGGUCGUGGUCGGGGUGGUAGUUCCUUUUCUUCACGCCCUAGGUUUGGAGGUGCUGGUGAUCGCCUUAGUGGUGAACGUGAUCGUUAUAUUGAUGAUCGUUAUGACAGCGGACGGUAUGGUGAUCGGGAUCGUUUUGAUAACUGUGACUACAAAUAUGGCAGCCGUGAUCGCUAUACUAGUGACAGGUAUGCAACUGGUGGAGAUCGAUUUGCAAGUGAUCGAUAUGGCAGUGGCUCGGAUCAUUACCCACAGAAUGGUUAUGGCAAGGAAAGAGGCUACGACCGGUAUGGCGGUGGCGGUCCACGAGGAGGUGCUGAUAGGUAUGGAAGUGGAAUGCCAGCCCGAGAAGAAGGAAGGAACUAUAGGGGUAGGCCUGGUCCCUAUGACCGCCCUAGUAGGGGUGGUCGUCCAUCAUCAUUUGACCGCUACUGAUUGGUGUUUUUGAAUGGGAAAUCCAAAUGCAGAAGCAACAUUAGGGACAUUAGUUCUUGUUUGUAGGACUUCCAAGUUUCAGACAACUGUUAGAUUGUACUUUCUUAGAUUAUGGAUUUGAUAGUUUGUUUAUUUAUUCAGAUCGUGCGAAUCACUGUUGAGUUCUUCCCCCUCGUUUGCUUGACGCUUUGACCAACUUCUCUUUCAAAUGCU